AUGAAAGAGAAAACAUUUGGGUCAGUGCUCCCUAUUAUGCUAGUAUCCUCGGACGAAGAAGCUGUGCAAUUGAUGAACGACAGCAACUACGGCUUAACUGCGAGUGUGUGGACUCAAGAUCUCGAGGCUGGCGAAAAGCUCUUCAAGCUGUUGGAAGCAGGAACGGUGUUUAUCAACCGCUGCGAUUAUCCGAACCUUGAUCAGACGUGGACCGGGUGGAAGAACUCAGGCAUGGGAUUCACCCUAGGACCAAAGGCAUUCGAUCCGUUCCUUAAACUGAAGAGCUACCAUAUUAGGGAAAGGCAGGGCUAA